AUGACUGCCCGAAUGGAUUUCUACGGUCUGACAGACCGCCUCGCCUUCCUCCUAACAUCCAUCCUCGACGAAGACAACGCGCCGCCACCGGAAUGCGCCUCGGCUCUUAGAAGCCACUGCGCGCUGCUGCUUUCCCUAUUGGAGGACGUCGAGCCGCUGGUAGACGCGUGGAGCGCGCAGCGGCAGCAGCUUCGCGGAAACAUCUUGCUUCAGUCGGCAUUGGACGAUUUGAGGGCCGUGCUGGAGGAAGCUUCCGGAUUGCUCUACUGGUGCUCAUUGGCGCGCAGCAAGGCGUACAUCGCGAUCAGCUCGGAAUGGGCAGCGCAAAAGUUUCAGGACCUGACCAUGCGACUGGGCGACGCUCUGCGCGACGCACACUCCGUCGUCGAGCCGUCGCCCGUGCAGCAGCCGCACUGGCACGGGCUGUCGCACGGACAAGCAUCGGGAUGGCAGUUCCAGGUUCCGCACAUUCUCUCGAAGCUCUCGCGCGCGCAAUAUCCCGUCGAGCCCUCCGCCGUCCGCUGCCGCGAUACCAUCGCGUCGUUCCGCCGCAGCCUGCUGAUGCUGGCAGGGCAGCUUGAUUUUAUAACGGAGGAGGACUUUAACGAGGAAAUAGUGGCUCUUGAGGAGAUUAAGGAGGAGUGUGAAAACGAUGGCGGCAGCGGCAGCAGCAGGCGCAGCAACAGAAGGCAGAGCAACAGAACAGUGAGGGGGCGAGUGGCGAGACGGAAGAGCUUUCCUUACAACGGGAGCAUGAACGGCAGCGUUAGUAGCGAGGGAACGUCUGGUUACCACAGUGCUAAUUGCAACAGUGACAAUGACGGGCUCGGAAGAGGUACGGGGACUGACUCCGAAGCUGGAACAGCCACGGAUUCUGGCUCGGCGGCAGGUACGGCAACGGACUCAGGCUCGGACGCUUCCGUGCCAGCCUCCGUCGGAUCCUCGUUUGAGUAUGCUCCGAUAGCACCUGCAGCGAUCGUUCGUUUCAAGAACCCUGCUUUGGUGACAGCUGCCUUAUCUGUGGUUAAGAUUAUGCGAGAGGAGUGCCUGGGUAUCCCUUUCGCCGAACCUACUCCAUCUCUUCCUGCCGAACCUGCUGUGGUUGGUUCGGAGCCAGGCCUGGGGAACAUCUCUAGCUUCAGCCUAGGUGCCCUCCCGUCUGUUGCAGAAGUACCUGAGAUUUCACCUGAACAGGCAGCUGAGGCUGCCAGCAGCGACGGGGAGGGAGGGAAAGCGGCUGCCACGAGCACUGGUAGCAGCCCAUCGUCUCAUCUAACUACCUCUACCUCUGCUGCUGAUUCCGCUGCUGAAGACUCCGCUGCUCCGCCCACCCCCUCCUCCACCGCCUCGUUUUCACUUACCUCUGUACGGUCGGCCAAAGCAAUCUACCUGACUGGCCCCGCCAGGAGAGCCGCUGCGGCUGCUGCCAAGGCCAAAGCUGCCAACGCCCCGGCUCCUGCUCCUGCUCCUUCUGCUGCUCCGUCUCCUGCUGCUGCUCCUGCUCCUGCUCCUGCUGCUGCUCCUGCUCCUGCUUCUGGUCUUACUGCUGCUGCUGCCGCCGCUCCUGCUGUUGUUGCAUGUGUCGAUGCUGCUGCUGGAGCAGCAGGGACAACAGCAGCAGAAGCAACAACACCAGAGGAACUUGCAACCCCUGUUCCAUCCGCACCUCCGGCCAAACCUGCUUCCAAACCUGCUCCCGAGCCUGUCUCUCUGCCUAUCUCUGCUGUUGCCCCCGGACCUGCAUCUCCAACCACCCCGUCUGCCGGACCUGCACGCCGAGCCGCCGCCGCAGCUGCGGCAAGGCGGAAGAAGGAGCAGCUUGGGAACGUUGAAAGUUGCGCUGGUGCUCCUGCAACUGGGUGUCUGAAUGAGUUGGCUGGGUGCUUUGCUGGGGCGAAAGAGUAUGGAGGAAGUGAGAAAGACAGAGUGGGAGGAGAGACGGAAAAGGCGGCAAGGGCGGGUGAAAGGGAGGUGGCAAAGGGGGGGAGCAACAGCAAAACACACCCGUUUUUGGGACAGCAGCAGCACGAGGAAACGACAGAGACUUUUGAAUCCUUGACUCAAAAGGCAAAAGGGGUAAAAGAGGUGGUGACUGUGAUGGAAGUAGGGGGGGAUGUGGAAGGGGAGGGAGAAGGAGGAGAGGGAGAGGGUGAGGGGGACGGCGAGCAAGAGUUUCAGGCGUAUGAGUCCGAACGGAAGGUGCAGCAGUGGCUGGAGCAGCAGCAGCAGCAGCAGCAGCAGCAGCAGCAGCAGGAGCAUGAGAGGGAGAUGGUGCAGCAGCCAGAGAACUUGACACCUGACCACCUGCCAAAACACCUGAAGCCUGAGAACCAGCCGCAACAGCAGCAUCAGCCGGAGGAGGAGAGGAAGGUCAGUGAGAAGAGCAAGAAGAAGGGAGAGGAGAAAAAGAAGGAGAAGGAAAAGCGGGAGAGGAAGGAGGAGAAAGAGAAAUCACGAGAGAGGCAGGGGGCUGAAAAGGCGAGUGCCAUUCCUCCAGCCUUUGAUGAAAGGGCGUCGGAGCGUGGAAUAGGAAGAGACAGGGCGAGGGGCAGGGAGAGAGAAAAUGAGAAUGAGGGGGAAAGGGAAAGGGAGAAAGAGAGGGAGAAGGAAAGGGAGGAGAUGGAGAGGGACAGCAGCCAUAGAAGCAAGAAGAAAGAGCCUUGCCGUUCCUCCUCCCUCCCACCCCCUCCCCCCAAGAACCCCCUCCCUGCCAUCUUCCUCCACCCCGCCGAGCCUGCCGAGCUGGUUCGGAUGCUUCAGGGCUCCGAGCCUGCGCGGCUGCACGCAGCAGCGCGCAUCAGGGAGGUGGCACGAGGAGACGAAGACGCUCGGGAGCACUUGAGGCAGGCAGGGGUGCUGCGGCCGCUGCUUGACUGUGUGGCUGCUGCUGCCGGGCUGCCUGUGGGCGUGGAGGCGGUACUGCUGCAGAGCCAGGAUAAACAGGAGAAGCAGGAGGGUCUGGGAGGAGUAGGCAUGGGGGAUCCACUCCCUCUUCCCCCUGGCGCUGCUGCUGCCGGUCUUCCUUACUCUGCUUCUGCUGCCGGUCUUCCUUACUCCGCUUCCGCUGCUGGUCUUCCUCACUCUGCUUCUGCUGCCACAAGCUAUCCGUACCCUCCCCCCUCCCCUGCCAUGCCUGGCCUACCCCUCACAGCACACCCCUGGGUGGCCCCAUCCCCCUCGCACCCGCCCAUCCGCUACUCCUCCUCUGCGCCUGGCUACGGCAUCCCCCCCACUCCCUUUUCAGAGCGAGCAGGAUCCAUGCGAGCACCUUCCCCCUCUCGAACACCCUCGUUGGCUGUGUCUCACUCGUUCCCAUCGCCGUACCCUGCUGGGUAUGGGUCUGCUGCGUCUGCUGCUGCUGCUGCUGCUGCUGCCAAUGCUACUCCCAGGCACCUCUCAGCAACACACCCCGGCUUUCCCGCACUGCACCACCCACAAACUCCACAUGCCGGCACCACCCCCUCCCGCUCCCUCUCUUCCGGCACUGCUCCCCCUCUUUCCACCUCCCCUUCUUUCAACUCCGCUCAUACCAACUGGGUUUUAGCAGAGACUGCUACUUUUGCUCUAGUAAAUCUCACUUUAGAUCCAAUCAACUGCAAUCUAAUCACCGAUCUCGGUGCCGCCCCAAUCCUUGUCCACAUCCUUCGUGCCGCCCCUACCGCCGUCCGGGACGCGGCGAUCGCGGCUCUCUUCGUCCUUUCCACGUGCGACGCCGCCCGGCUGGACAUCGGCGCAGCCGGCGCAAUCCCACUCCUCGUCUCCAUCCUACUAGACGAAAAGCCGCAGCGGCAGCCCUCAGCUUGUCCGGCAAACUCAGACCGAGCCAAAGAAGACGCCCUACUCACUCUCCUCAACCUCUCCCACCUGACCUCCAACAAAUCAACCCUCCUUCUCUCCGGCACUCACCGCGCGUUAAUCCACAUUAUAACGCGCGCACCCGGCCACCGGCUAGCAGACAAGGCUCUCGCUACAAUGAGGCAGCUUGUAACGAGGCCGGAGGGGAGAGAGGCGGUGGUGCAGGCAGAAGGGGUGGGUGCACUGGCAAGGGCGCUGGAGAGAGGGUCGGAUAAGGGGAAGGAGGAGGCGACAGCGAUUCUGGUGGUUCUGUGGGAUAGUAAUGGCGGGGGGCACAGGAAGGCGAUCAGGGAGAAGAAGAUUGGGAAGCUGCUGACGGCCGUGGCUCGGACAGGCUCGGAGCGAGGGCGAGCGAAGGUGAGUGUGCGAAGGGAGGUGAGGGAAGAGGGAUGUGCGAGGGAAUGGCAAGGCUGUAGAGGGAGAGGAUGA